UGUAACACUAGUUUCUUUUUUAUCACAGAGGACAAGUCUGCAUUAUGAAAGCCCUCUUAAUUUUGCUGUGUGUGUCGUUGGCUGAGGCGAAGUCUUACUCCAACUAUCACUUGUUGCGAGUUAGACCCCAAACUGAAGCACAGCUGAACACCUUAAAGUUGUUAACGACUCAAGAAAAUAAUUUAGAAAUCGACUUCUGGAUUCCACCUUACUACCUGAACCGAACUUGUGAAUUCUUGGUGCCUCUGGAGACUUACAUAAAAAUUAGACCAAUCCUUGCUGGAGUUGGUCUCAAGGUUGAAAUACUUUCACAUGAUAUUCAGAAAGCCAUUGAUGCAGAAAGGACGCCUGCGGGGAACUCAACUCAGUAUGGUUACCAGUUGAAUCCAAACACAUUUAUGAAGUACUCUGAGAUUGUGGUUCUUCUGAAGCGCUAUACUGCAGGGCAUAGCCACGUGUCUCUCGUUUCCUAUGGGACCACUUACGAGCAAAGAGAGAUUUAUGCCAUCAAGGUUUGUAGCUUCAACUAUUAUAUAAUCUCCUCACAGUCUGCAAGAAUAUUGGGAUAUAAAUGUAUAAAAUGUAUGUAUACCAAUGACAGGGUGUAUAUCGAAAGACUGCUGAAGACCUACGCAGACACCUUCGAUCAUGCAAGUCUGAAAGUCUAUGGAAAAUCUCAUGAACAGAGAAACCUUUACGCCCUCAAGUUUUCUGUCGGCCCCGGAAGGAAGACAAUCAUUGUUGAAACAGGAAUACAUGGCCGCGAUUGGAUCGCUAUUGCAUCCACCCUGAAAGUCAUUGAACACAUGGCAACUAAAUACAAAACUGAUCGCGAUAUCCAGACGAUAUUGAACAAUUUUGAUUGGCUGUUCAUUCCUGUUGUAAAUCCUGAUGGUUAUGCUGUGACGUAUUCGCAAGAUAGACUGUGGAAGAAGAAUAUGAAGAGAGAUACUAGUGGUACUCGCUGUGUCGGCGUAGACUUGAACAGGAAUUUCAAUGCUGAGUGGGGAAAAGGUAAUGUAUCUUCCUGUCAAUCUGUCUAUCUCUCUAUUUGUCCAUGUCUUUCUACCUAUCACUACCACCACCACCACCAGCAUCAUGAUGCAAUUAUUUACCAUGCUUUGUGUUUACAGUGCUAAUGGGGUCACCAUGUA